UAAUCUAGUAAGUAGCUCUUGCGAGAGGCAAAGCUAAAGGACAACUCGGGGAGAUAAGUCAUCGUACGUGGAUGUAUACAGUCGAAAGUCCGCCUUUUUGCCGAGGAGGGAGGAGAAAAGUGGAUGUGUAGGACUGGUGGAUGACGUCUACAGUGUCUUUGUAAGAGUUUGUGGAGAUGGAGACUGGCUGUUUAUACGGCUGAUUGUCUUAUACAGGUGGCUGUUAGAGCAAGUUCGACUGCAGAAAUAGACAAAAUUAUUAUAUUAGAAACACUGAAAGUGCCGAAGACUUGGGACACUGCGUGUGCGUGCUUGCUCACGUGCUUGUGAUCUUUCCGUGAGGAGCGUUCGGCGGGUGUGAUUUCCUUGCACGCGGAGUAGCAGCACCAUCAACAGCAGAAGCAGCAACAGCUGCAGAAUCAGCAGUAGCAGAAACAGUGGGCGGCUGGAGGGUGCCCCGCCAUGGAGGGUACGGUGGUGUGUUUGAGCAAGAAUGUGUCCGCACAGCUCAGUGUUGGGGUGAACGUUACGCUGGUGAAACUGAUGUGUGGCAGUCCAGCAGGCAUGGGUCAACUCAUCAAAUACUUCGAGUCCCAGAGCCGUCGACUGGACAGACAGAGCUUCCACACGGGCCCCAGUUGUUUCAACUCCGAUUUCGAGUCACAGAUCAAGUUCAACGGAGUCCCCAUCCUGCCUCCGGCCAUGACGUCUAGCCGUCGCGACGAUGUGAGACAGGACAAGAAGGACGCGGUGCUGUUGGAGAAAAGACUCCGGGCGCGACACAGACGACAGCUCAUGACACAGGCAGACACAGGGGUUAACGACACAUCACAGAUGACGUACACAGACAUGAACAAUCGCCCCACGGCACGGCAGCUCAACUUCGACUCGGCGGCCCAAGAUGGCGGCCUUCUGUCGGGGACGCUGAAGGAGCGACUCGGUGCUACCAACCCUCUCUCGACCUUUGCUACAGCUGAGACCGACUUGGCGGGGGAGGACUUCGGCCUACAGACGAUGGACACUCUCAACUCAGACUUUAUGUCGCUGGAGGGAGGAGAGUCGAUUCCCACAGUGUUUAGCGGGAUUAAGUUGAACUCUUCCAGAGAGCAGAAGAUCUCCUACGACCUUGACCGCCUCUCGAAGGUGUUGAACGUGCAGGAGUUAAACUCGACGAGCGGUAGCGACGUGAGUGAGGCUCUGGCAAACACGGGCGCGUCGGAAGAAGAUCUAAGAAAUGCCGCCAGGUGGGCGGAAAAAGUUCUGGCGCAGAAAGCGUCAGCGUCCGAAGGCGGUGGUGGUGGCGGGGACGUGCAGUCUGCCAGUUUCUUCCACGAGAGUCAGGACACGGUCGUGGAGGUGUCGCCCGAGCCGGGGGAGGGGCGGGAUUCCGAGUCAGGGGGGGACAACACGGUAACCACGGCAACGUCGGGUUUUGUCGACGUGAACACGAACUCCACACUGGAGCAGAGUCGCACGAGCACGAGCGUCAACAGCUCGCCGGGAUGUGGCUCGGCCAACACAACAGACAGCCAGAGGAGCAGCCGCAGCAGCCCAAAGUCGCUGAAAAACGCCGUACACUUCGCGUCGUUUGUCACCGAGUACAUCAACACCAGCGCCAGCCAGUCCCUGGAAAGCACCACCAUUGUCACCAAAAAGAUGUCGGCCGCCGAUCAGAGCUUGUCGAAAGUUUCCUCCGAUAUCGGGGCUCUUGCUUCCGACGGGGUGUUGCCUAUCAUCGGAGACCCCAGCGAGGCGAGGCUUAAACAGACGCAGGGGAAAAAAGUAGUCCAGGCGGAUGGAUCUGCGGCAGGUUUGCUGAGUCGUGUUUCGCUGAACCCUGACAGCGACUCCUCCCCGUGCACCCCACCAUUUGAUCCCUCGUCUGGGAUGCCUUUUCAGUAUUACGGGAGAACCGAGGCCUACAGUUCUGACAAAGAAAACGAGGGCUCGGUGCCUCAUAAAGGUCAUCAUGGCCACAGAGGAACACACGACCACACAGGAAGUAGGUCAAGAGGUCACGGCCAUGUAUCAGACGGGGGUGAGUGGGCGCGUCAUGGCGUGCGACGACGUCAGUCCUCAGAGGGAGAUGACGAGACGAGACACGAAGCCUCGGAUCAAGGAUCGGGUCGAGACGGGAGAAAAUCCCACGCCCCUCUCACAGGACACCGAUCUCUCCCGGUGGUGAAUCCGGCCGUCGCUUCGGCCGGUGUGGGUGCUCAGGACCAUCAGUCAUUUUCCGGGGGCAGCGUAGUCGGAGCUAAUCAGUCCUGCCAAGAAUCCGCGGACGAUCUGUCUGCGGUUAAACCGCCCACAGGGGAGGUCACCACCGGCAAGAUGUCGGUCUCCGACUCCCAGGGCUCGAACAAGUCCAACACGCUGACUGCAACGUCUGAGUCGAGCAGUAGCACCAUCAGAGACGACAUGUCGGCCAGAGACAAUACGGCCCUGGCAAUGAACAUCGUGGAGACAGGUUGUGGACAGGUCAAUGUACUAGACAACAAAGCUGUGGACGAUAAUGUCUCAGAGUCUCAGGUUGGAGCUGAAAAGACCGACGUGCCAAAUAAAAAAGAGGAGAAGGCUCAUUCUCCAAAGAAACUGAAUGUUGAUCCAUCCUCGGUGGAAAAAGAAUCGGCAGCAGAAAAUGAUUUGACGCCAACCAAAGUGUUAGUCCGGCGUGGCUCGUAUACGCUGAGUGAACCCUCGCCGGCUCUUGUGAGGGCAAGGUCAAGACUGGAGGCUCAAGACAAAGAGAGAGUGUCGAAGGACGUUGCAGCGACGAGCGACGCUAAGGCGGAGCAGAAGGAAGAAGUAGCCCCAUAUGUGGACAAAGACGAGGAGGCAGCGCUCAACAGGAAGCUCCAGUUCGAGUUGUCUCCUGAUGCAUCUGCCCCACAGAUCGGGAGAAAUCUGGUGAACGCCCAAGUUCCGUCGGAAGCGGAGAGAGAGGGGAAGGCGGAGCACAUCAACAAGUAUCUGAGCCAGGUCCAGCUACAAAACUCCAUGAACAUCAGCCACCAGAGCUGGGACGUCCUGCACAGGUCGCAGGGGGAGGGGGAAGAGGACGAAGAAGAAGAAGAAGAAGAGGAAGGCUACCCGGGGCUGAUGGAGGAUGGGAUGACCGCAGUGGACGUGCACAAUUCUAUCCUGGACAUGGUCAAGUCGUUGCCGGAGAGCAGUCAGAGUCUAGACCUGAGUGUUGACCAGCUGACCAGACUUCACCAGCAGAGGCUGGAGCAGGCCAAGGAGGAGCUGAUUCAUCGGCAGGAGAGAGAGAUGGAGGAAUUGUUUGUGCAGCAGAGACGAGAUACCAUGCUCCUGGCUGCGGAGAUCAAAGCAGCUCAACAGCUGGAGAAGGAGCAGCAAGAGUUCUUGAUCCAGAACGCCCCUGAGAAUCUCAAGGUCAAGGCCCGGGGUCAGAGCGGAGAGUUCAGCCCAGAGCACACCGGUGACUUCGACAGUAACGUCCUUGAGCAGCGCGACGGGGGUCGACCCCACACGGGAGAGUCUGGGAGAAGGUCGGAGGUCGAGGAGGCCAUGAACUCUCUCCACAACCUGAGACCUCAGUCGUAUCACAGACACUCGCACGCGGACCCCGCCGGCUCUAUGCCCAGCAUACAGCUACAGCCAAAGUCUUAUCCCGCGGGGAACCUGAAGACCGGUCGAUCCGUGGUGGCGGGGAAGCACGGUGUGGGGAAGAAAAAGUCCCAGAGUUCCGUCAUGAAUAUUUCGGGCGACAGCGUGGGUGGCAACGAGGCUCACCAGACGCGCGUGAAAACGCUCUCCUCCGACGACAGUUUCUCCCCUCGAGUGGCGCCCCCUAGAGACGCAGCAGGGAUCGGACACGCCGUCCCAGAGUUCAGCCCCUCGCCGAAUUCCCCACGGAUACAUCGGCCCUCCGUCCUGAGAUCCCCGCUGAAGUUUCCGUCCUCGUUCCGUCGGGACGGGAAAGUUGUGGUACCUCCUCAAGCCCACAGCGCAGAGAUGAGGGUCAAGUUUGACCGGGUCAGCGCUGUGGCCAAAGGGUUUUUGACCCGCUGUCUGCUCCGAUCAGACAAGGUGCAAGAGCUGGUCAAGACUAUCAGGGACACCCGGACGUUUGCCUUUGACUUCCAGACAGAGACGCCCAUCAAGAAAGGCGUGUUUACGUCGCAGGACAGGACUUUGCUAGAGCGUCUCGUCGCACAGCUCCAAGCGGCUCUCCUCGACCUCCACGAGAUUUUCUUCGAGAUCCCGACCUCGGAGCGGAUGGCUCUCAUCGAGCAGACGCGGGCCAAGGAGCAGGAGAAGAGAGUCCGGAUUUCCAAGGACAGUGUCAGAGGCUCUGGGCCCAGGAUCAGUCAGGCAACUCUGAAGGCUCUAGAACGGAAGAGAAAAGCAAGAGAGGCGGAAGCUUCUGCCAUGCUGAGCGUGUCCAGCUCACGACCCACCACCGCCCCUCCCGCCACCAGUAGCCCACGCUGUCAGAACCACCAGGACAUAAGCGGACCUCUGAGGAGACAUUUUGGUUUUCUCAUCUCCAGGGCUCUCAAACCUCUGCAGGGGCACGGUCAGACGCAGGUGUCUACCAGCAGAACGGACACCAGUCGGUCGGAGAAAGAACGCCCACGGACAGCCCCGGAGAAACAGCUGACUAAGCCAAAACGUAUCACUGCCCCGUCCCACCCCAGACCCUCGGUGUCCUCGGGCCAGGACUCGAGCAAGGACGCGCAGAAAGACGCUGGAGAUAAUGCCCCAUCCCCUGUGGCCCAUAAUGCCCCAUCCCACACCACCCACCCACCCUCCAAGUCCUGGAGAUAAUACUUCAUCCCCUGUGGCCCAUAAUGCCCCAUCCCACUCCACCCACCCACCAAGUCCUGGAGAUAAUACUUCAUCCCCUGUGGCCCAUAAUGCCCCAUCCCACUCCACCCACCCACCAAGUCCUGGAGAUAAUACUUCAUCCCUUUUGGCCCAUAAUGCCCCUUCCCACCAAUCCCCGGAGAUAAUGCCCCAUCCCGUGCGGCGCAUAAUGGCCCAUCCCAUGUUGCCAUCUUCACAUUCCUGUGUCAUCAAACUGUUGCCAUCUGCUGUACGGAGUUUGCCUUACUUGACUGUCAUGUCUGUAGAAAUACUGAAGGUGUGUGUUUGUGUGUGUAUGUGUGUGUGUUUGUGUGUGUGUGUGUGUGUGUGUGUGUGUGUGUGUGUGUGUGUGUCCUCUGUGAUGGAUGAUAGAUGAGGCAGUUCAUGUUCUGGAAAAUGUUCAAAGAUUUCCCCUGGUAGUGUCCUGUCUGUUCACUUGUCACAAGCUGUAGGAUAGGAGUCAAUAUCUUACCCCACAAAAUAGGACAUUUUCAAUCAACUAAAGGGGUGAUUU